CAGCAACGACAUAGUGGAGAACACAGCCAAAUACUAUUAUUAUUGGGCCUAAUUAAAGCCCAUUAAUGAUUCUCUUUUUUUUUUUGUUGUUCUCCCUUCCUCUCAGCGCGAACGCAAGCUCCGUCGGCAAUGGCAGAAUCGACGAGAAAUCUGACUGGGCUUGGAGGAGAAGCAGCGAAAGAAGAAGAUGAUGAGUACAUGGGAGACCUUUCUCAGUUUAUUCCUCAGGAACUUAGCCAGACCUCCAAAAGAAAGGAAUCUGAGAAGAAAACUGUAAUCGUAGAACCAUCACGGAAGAAGUUAAAAAAUCUCAAUUGGCACGAGAGACGAAGAUUGGAGAAAGAGAGGAAACAGAUAGAAGAAGAUGAGCAGACAUUGGCUCGUAUAGUAGACACUCCAAUAGGAGAGUCUAACAUAGGGUUUAAGCUAUUGAAGCAAAUGGGUUACAAGCCAGGUUCUGCUCUUGGUAAACAAGGCUCUGGUAGAGCUGAGCCAGUGACUAUGGAUAUUCGAAGAUCGAGAGCCGGUGUGGGAAGAGAGGAUCCACAUAAGGAGAAGAAGAAAAAGGAGGAGAUUGAGGCUGAGAAUGAGAAGAGAAAAGUGGAUGAGAUGUUGGAGGAUUUUGGGUCUAGACAGAAGUCUCAAUGGCGUAAGAAAAGAGUUUUGAUUAACUUUAGGAAGGCUAAGGCUGCUCUUGAUCAACUUGAGAAUGUAGAAGUUGUUCCGGAGAAGAAAAAUGAGGAAGAUGAAGAUGGUAAGCCUGAUGAAGAAGAGGAAGAAGAGGAGGAGAUCACUGAAGAGGAUUUGCAAGAAAUAUUAAUGAAACUGAGAGCUGAACAUUGGUAUUGCCUUUUCUGCGGGUUCCAGUAUGAAACGACUGAAGCUCUUCUAUCCAACUGUCCUGGCGUAAAUGAGGAUGAUCACUAGAUAAGCCACACUAGUAUGGAAGCACACAAACACAAUCCAUGUCUGCAGAAGCUUCAGGUUGAAAAUUUCCUGAUGUGGCUGAAGAGGAAGCAAGAUACAGAAGGAAGACUGUGUUUGCAGUUGAGGUACACACUUAGAAUCUUAAGGACUUGCUAAUUCUCAUGCUUUUAAAUAGAUAGUAGGAUGAUAAAAGCAUGUGGAACUCUGAUUUGAUAAGACAAUAUAUUGAUGAUAAUGUUGAUGUUUCAAUUUGAUCUCCAAGUAUGUAACCUGAGUUUCUGUUGGAUGCAAAUCGUAAACUAUCGUAGAGAUCAUCAAUAAAACCAAAGUUCUUAAAAAGAUAAAAAGCCAUGAAAAAAACAUCCAAACGGAAAGGCAUUAUCGGGCAUCAUUGCCUGGUUUUAAAGUAGCACACAAGAGAUAGUUGAUAAGAUUUUAGUAACAAACUGAUGAAGAUCUUAAAAGGUGAAAGAGAUUAGACUCAAAGAGACCAAUUGAAAUGUUGAGGAGAGGAGUCAUAAGCUCUUGUGUUCUCGGGUUCCAUGUAUUGCUUCAGAACCUGCUGAUGAAGAUACAGCUCAAAUCCACCCAUUGUGGUGCCAUUGCUUAUCUGGAAAUCUGCUGGCUCCGAGAUUUGACUCACAGGAGACAUAUAAUGUGAAUUGCUCUUUUCGCCCGCGAUGACUUCCCAAGUUUGGCUGAGGUACUGCUGAUGUGUUGAGAUGGGCGGCUGAUGGGUUGAAAUGGGCGGUGGCUGAGCCAUUGUAACCUUAUCGGAGAAUGAGAUCAUCGAGUCGAAACCAGAAGAUGGUCGCCAUGUAUUUGUUGGUGUCUGAAGUUGCUGCUGAUGAAUUGGGUAUGAGUUUGACAGAAGAGAGAGAGCACAGCUUGAAUCUGUGCUAUUGUUGUUUAUCAUCUCUGGACAUGUAGUAAAGCUUGAGCUUCCAUGUGAUAAAACAUUCAUGUGUGGAUGGGUUUCCCUAACUGGAUUAAUCUGCCACGGUCCAGGCCGCUGCAUCACUGAUCUUGCGGUUGACCACGCAGUAGGAUCUCCCAAAACGCUUUUAAUCAUUGCAGCAUUGGGGUUUCCUGACACACAGGAAAUUCAAUAACUUGUUUUUGAGACUCAUUGAGCUGAAAAGGGCUGUGUAUAUUGGGAUCUAACCGUAAAGAGAUGGAGCGAUUCGAGAGUAAUGAGAAGUGAAAAGAGCCGUUGUGGGUUGUGGUUUUCUUCGUCGUUCGUUAUGACAAGCGAGUCUUCUGCGACAACUUCUUUUCUCCAAGUCAAACUCAGAAAGCUGGUGAAACCUGAUUUGAUAUAAAGAAAAGAAAGCUUCAAAGAAAAGCAACCUAAAUAAUGCAUAAGACAAGAGACAAGACCACAUAAUAACUAGCUGUAAAGUUUAAGUUUUGAUAAGACUCUUCAAUGACGUUAAGAGCCAAAACUCAAAAAGCUCAAAAGGAACAUAAAACCUGAAAAAAGCGUAAAGCUAUGGUUCCCUUAGAACUAUUCCGAUCACCGGAAAUGGCAAAAUGAGUAAAUAAAAGGAAGAAGAAAAAAGGGGGAAACCUGCUACAUUGUUGACAAAACCUUUGAUGAAGACCAGAGACAAUGACUUUAGAUGAUUUAGAGUGAAUGCAACAAACUUUGUGUCUCGAGUAAUAAGCUUUAACAUUGCUUAGAUCCAUUCUACAACCUUCCACUUGGCACCUCGCCGUGGUAGACGACUUACGAACGGUAUUGACCCGGUUCUUGCUUCUGGAUCCGGAUCCAUCCUCGAAGUAGAUCUUCUGACCAAACCUGAGUCCACCACUGAGUGAAGAAGACUCGGUGGAAGAAGAACCACCUGACUCGGCCUGACCCGAACACAUUAACAACUCCAUUAUGGUUUUGGCUUCCUCUUACUCAGACAGAGAAAGAGAUGCUUCUGCUCAUCACUCUCUUUCUUUCUAAGUACUGAACUCUGGAAAUAGUAAGGACGGAGGAGAAUAGAGGAAAGAAAAUGUGGUUUUGCAGAUUUUAGAUGUUGCUAUCUUUUAAAGAAUCAGAGAGAAGAGAAGAGAGAGAAAGAAAGAAAGAGAAGCUGACAAAAGAAGAGACACUCAAGAGUGAUUGACACUAGUCCACGACAGCUACGUGUUUUUAGCGUUUGCGUUUUGGGAUGUUGGUGCGUUUUGGUGGUUUUUGUAACAUCUGAACAAAUAAACACAAAAG